AUGAACUAUUCUUAUGAGGAUGCUGCAUACAUAUCUAAUAACUCAAUGAACAUCCCAGAUCUGAUCUUCAAUCUUCCUUUCAAUCUAAAUGUUGUCUUUAUUACCUUUAUCCUCGUAUUUCUAAUCUGCAUUGCUGGAAUUGUGGGGAAUUCGAUGGUCAUCUGGCUUCUAGGCUUCCGUAUGAAAAGGAAUCCCUUCACAACCUACGUGCUGAACUUGGCUGCUGCUGAUAUGGGGGUCCUCGUAGCCAGCAUUUUGGGAUAUAUAACUGCUACCAUAUUUGUUUUGAGUGGAAACUUUGCUCUAAUGGGAUUCUACAUAUACGCUUAUGUAUGGGCAUCGAUGUACAUCACCGAUCAGUUUCUCCUAACUGUCAUCAGUGUUGAUAGGUGCGUGGCUGUCCUCUUCCCACUUUGGCAUCGAUGCCACCGACCACCACGCCUGUCCGGAACGGUCUGUGUUUCUGUAUGGGUCCUCUCCUUCCUGAUUGCUGUAUUGGACUUCUUUCUCUCUUUUGCAAACGAAUUCACGCUGCUCCAAUUUACUGUGAAUGUCGCCAUCUGCACCCCAGUCAUGGCUAUCUCCACGGUCAUCUUGUCUGCGAAAAUCUGCACUAAAUCCCAGCAGCGAAAGCGAGGAAAGCUCUUACCCGUCAUUUUACUGGCUCUCUUUUGCUUUCUUCUCUUUGGUCUUCCUGUGAAUUACUUUUAUAUUGUCAGUUAUACUUUGGAUGACCUUGAUGUCGAGUCAUGGGCUGGUCGUGCCUCUGAUGACUCAGCAUCAAGUUUCCAUGAGCUUCUUGCUUCCAAGGUGGAUCUGAUCAUGAUUCCUACCUUGGUUGCUUUCAUGUGUACCAUUCUAAACUGCAGCAUCAACCCCUUGAUCUAUUUCUUAGUGGGGAGAAAGAAGAAGGGCCGAUCCAGGCAAUCCAUGAAAGCUGCCCUCCAGAGGAUCUUUAAAGAUGAUGAAAACUGCAGAGGGCAAGAGGGACCCCGAUCUGAAACCCAGUUGUGA